AUGUCAGGCUCAGUAAUGUUCAAUACUUCUAUGGGGAAAAUUACAUUUGAAUUAUAUUGGGAUCAUGCUCCGAAAACUUGCAAAAACUUUCAUGAAUUGGCAAAGCGUGGGUAUUACAACAAUGUUAUUUUUCAUAGAAUAAUUCCGGACACAUUUACCCUUCGCCGUUAUUUACUAUUUCAGGAUUUCAUAAUACAAGGCGGUGACCCAACCGGAACUGGUCGGGGAG